AUCGAAACCAAUCACCGUCCCGUGUUUCCUGCUCGCGCGCGAGAGAGAGUGCAUUCCUGAGUGUUUGCUGUCUGCUUCGGGCAUUCAACAAUGGCGACCGUGAUGCAGAAAAUCAAAGACAUAGAGGACGAGAUGGCUAGGACCCAAAAGAACAAAGCUACUGCUCAUCAUCUUGGCUUGCUUAAGGCUAAGCUUGCAAAGCUACGGAGGGAACUUCUUGCACCCCCAUCUAAAGGAGGUGGUGGUGCUGGAGAAGGUUUCGAUGUUACAAAAAGUGGAGAUGCAAGAGUUGGUCUAGUGGGUUUCCCUUCCGUUGGAAAAUCCACACUUUUAAACAAGUUAACAGGAACUUUUUCAGAGGUUGCUUCAUAUGAAUUCACCACCUUGACUUGUAUCCCUGGUGUGAUCAUGUAUCGAGGAGCUAAGAUUCAGUUGUUGGAUCUUCCUGGUAUUAUUGAGGGUGCCAAGGAUGGAAAGGGUAGAGGCAGGCAGGUUAUCAGUACUGCUAGGACCUGCAACUGUAUUCUAAUUGUCCUUGAUGCAAUUAAGCCGAUAACUCACAAACGCUUAAUUGAGAAAGAACUUGAGGGAUUUGGUAUCAGGUUAAACAAGGAGCCACCUAAUCUGACAUUCAGGAAGAAAGACAAGGGUGGAAUUAAUUUUACCUCAACAGUUGCAAACACACAUCUGGAUCUUGAAACUGUAAAGGCAAUAUGCAGUGAAUACAGAAUGCACAACGCUGAUGUCAAUCUCAGAUUUGACGCAACUGCUGAUGACCUUAUAGACGUCAUUGAGGGCAGUAGGGUGUAUAUGCCUUGCAUCUAUGUUGUAAACAAAAUUGAUCAGAUUACACUGGAAGAGCUGGAGAUUCUGGAUAAACUUCCUCACUACUGUCCAAUCAGUUCUCACCUGGAAUGGAACCUUGAUGGUUUGCUGGAAAAGAUAUGGGAGUAUCUUAAUUUAACUCGCAUAUACACAAAGCCCAAGGGGUUGAAUCCAGAUUAUGAGGAUCCUGUUAUCCUGUCGUCCAAAAGGAGGACAGUUGAGGAUUUCUGCAAUCGAAUUCACAAGGAUAUGCUUAAGCAAUUCAAAUAUGCAUUGGUUUGGGGUUCAAGUGCGAAACACAAGCCACAAAGAGUAGGCAAGGAGCAUGAACUUGAAGACGAAGAUGUUGUGCAGAUUAUUAAGAAAGUGUGAUAACAGAACCAGCCACUUCACAUCAGAUUGCAGUCCAUAUUCUUCUGAGAGGUAUAUGUGAUGUUGGGUCGAGCUUUCCUGAUUCGCUAAGAUUGCCCUUGCCCUUGCCCUUGCCCUUGUGCUAGGAUAUAUUUAGGUUUUACAAGAUACAGCUCGAUGUAUAAUUAUGCCAUUUUGUGGUCAAAGCUCUUGAGAAUAAUCUAUUUUCUGGCAUGGUUCAUGCAAGUUCUUACC